ACUCGGCGAGCGGGCCGCAGUCUAGCGCGAGACGUCGCGGAAGCAGCAUCGUGUUCGACGCGUCGCGAUCUUCCCGUCUACGAUCUUCUGCCGAUCCGUUCUUACGAUAAUCGGUCGACUCGCCACGAUUUCCCGAAAUUCCACCGAUACCUGGCCCGGUUCGCGGGAAACGACCGAGACGCGUGAAAAAAAAGAUCCCCUCGGGAAGAAUUCGCGCGGGAAUUGGUUGGAAAGCGAGUCGCGUUGCAAGCGCAUCUGUCCGGCAGUUGUUCCAACGGUUUGGAAAGGAACCGGCACACGGUUUGUCGGAGCAGAAUCUUCGGGACAAGGGAACGGCGUGCAGGCGAGGCGAAGGAUUUCUUCGAAUCCCCCCGGGAGAAGCAGGGACGCGUUCCCGCAACAAGUCCUCGGACACGUUUUCCAUUGUUUCGGGGCCGCGUUACCCUUUUCCUCGGCGCAAUUAGCUGUUCCGUUAUUAGACGCGUACCGAGCCGGAGGUCUUGUUCGCAGUGUGCUCGCAUAAAUACAUAGUGUAUCGACGAAAGUUUCGGUCGGCGUUCACGGUCAACCUGUUAGUCAUGUGGGAACGGUAAAAACGCCGCUCGGGCAGGAACUCUGGAAGAGCAGUUUUCUCGGGGAAUGGUAUAACGAUGACGUAGUGUGGAACCUGCUCCUCGUUCCGGGCAAGGAUACACGAUGCUCUGACGGGUAGGUCGUCCCUUCGCUCUCUCCUAUGUUGUGGGCUCGUGCGAUGUUUGUUCCCCGGUUCCGCGAACGGUGCAACAUGACCACCACCACCACACUGUGCUCGAAAACCCGUCGCUCGAACUGCUCCGCGAACGAAACACUGUGAAAUUGUUCUCUUGGGACUCCGGUGAAAGGAAUUCGCCUAAAUCGAGGCACGUGAACGCUCGUCGAUCCGGAUCAUGUGGCGUUUUCCAACGAUCUCCCCGGGACGCCACGCUAAGAAGAUGGCUAUUCGAGAACGCGGACCUACCACCUGAAACUUUUGAGGGCUGUUCUCAUCGCUUCAACGUUAACAUUCUCGUGACAAAAAGGCUGUAAUGCUUCUUGGUGCUCCACUUUCGAAGACAAGUUCAUCGGCUAUCGACGCAACCGCUCCCGACAUGGGUCUGGGCAUGAUCAUCAACCGGCUCCUGUUCGUGGGACUCGUCCUGGCCGCCGUGCCGGGCACUAUCAUCCCUGGAUCCGCUGGGUCCACCCUGGUCAUGCACCAGGACAUACCCUCGAAGACGUGCAGGUACAACAGGGUGUACGCGAUGAUGCAGGUGCGCUGCGUGAACCUCAACCUGGCCCAGGUGCCUGCCAACUUGAAGACUAACAUUCAGAUCCUGGACCUGUCCGUGAACAGGAUCCGAGAACUAACGAACAGCAGCCUGGCCGCGUACACGAGCCUGGUGUUCGUCUACCUGAACGACAACUUCAUACGGUCGAUCGACGAGGACGCGUUCAGCAACCUGCACUAUCUGGAGGUGCUGGACCUGCAGGAGAACGGCUGCGACCACUUGCCGCGCAGCAUGUUCCAAUUACCUUACCUGCGGAAGAUGUACCUGGGCUCGAACGACUUGCAGGACGAUAUGUUCACGCACAUGGAGGUCGCGUCGCCGUUGAACUUCCUGCAGAUAUCGAAGAACAAACUGAAGAGGAUCCCGCAGCUGGGCCUUGUGCCCACUAUGGCGGAGCUGAACGUCUCCCAGAACUUGAUCGAGUCGGUCACACCCGAGGAUCUGGCGCCUUUCUGUUUCCUGAAGAAGCUCGAUCUAUCUGGGAACAGGAUCAAGUUCAACGCAACCGCUUGCGAAUGCCAGACGCUGCACCAUUGGUUGAAAACACGCGAGAUCACGGUGCUGCCAGCAUUCAACUGCACCGAGGAGUUGAAACGAGGCUGCCUGCCCGAUCCGGUGUUCAACAACAGGACCAGCGAGAUGUUCGACAAGUGCUCGAACAUGGAGCGGCUCCGUAUCCAGACGAAAAAAGUGAGGAACAUCUGGAUCAUCGUCGCCUCCUGCAUCGCGGGCUUCCUUUUCGCCUUGUUCGUUUGCCUCACCUGCGUGCACAAGAAGAACAAGCGCAGGAAGAAGAAGCUGAAGGAGCAGCAGAGGCUGAACGCGAACAACGCGAACACCGAGCUGUUGAACAGCAACCUGAACCAGCCGGAGAACACCUGAGCGGCGGCGGGAUCCAGCAAGGCCACUGAGAAUCGUCAGGUGCAAAGAGAGGGCCCUUUUUCAGCGAGCUUGUUUCCAAAGAGCUUCCGAAAGACAUCCGAACACAUUUACAAACGUGAAGAGGAUGUGGUGGGUGCUGAUAGCGAAUUGAACAAAACAAAGAUGCCGUUGAGCUUAUAAUAAAUAAGCUGAGAAUAAAUUGAGAACGACUAUCGUGGCCGUGGAUAUUCCAAUUACGGGCCAGCUUAGGCGUUGAUUUCACCCGGCUGCUAUCGUUGGCCCUCUCGCCCGUAAGCAGCUCUUUUCGAUGGCCGAUACUCGCUCGGACAGCCGUCGGUUUCUUUGAAAUGGUUCACUCGAAAAAAUUGCGCCAUUUAAUAUCGAUUCGAUCGCCGUUUCUACGUGCCUCGACACGCUGGACGUAUCCUCGCGGGGUGGCAAACUCCAUUUUUUCCUGGUGUCAUAGAAAAAAUCUCGUUCGCGCAGCCCGUCGGGCCUGUAAUUGCAAUUACACGCGAGUUUACCGCUGGGAGAUUGUAACGCGCCGCGUUUAAUUGCAAUUAGAGUCGUCAGAUCGGCGCGUAUUAGCGUGGGGUGCGCGCGCGCCCACUCGGCGGGCCUCUUUUUUUUUUCAUUUCACAUUCGCGAACCCGCGAAACCGGAAACGAUAAAUGACGUUCGAUCGAACUGCCCGCCGUCGAGUCCCCGCGAAUUUCGAUCCAAUCUAAUUUGCGUCGCGAGCGAAACGAGGUUUCAUAUUCCACUCUUUUUACAUUAACGAAACCGUGUUGUAGAUAUAUACUCUUAUAUGUGUAUGUAUGUAUACGUAUAUACCUCUAUAUGUAUGUAUGUAUGUAUUAUUAUAUCGUAUUUAUUUAUAUUGAACGUCGGAGAGUUCUAUAUUAUUGUAACACUCGGUUCGUUUUUUACGCGACGCCUUUGUCGGUACUGAAUUUAUAGAGACGUCUUUACGUGGCCGAAAAACCAAUUUCGAUGGCCUAUUUUUCUUUACUAAGGUGCCAAAUAAUGUUACUUUUGCGUUAGGAGACAGCCCCUGGUUUAGCAAUUUGAAAAAUUAUCUUCUAUACUGCUUCGAUUAAUAUUAGUAUUAACAAUAGUAUAAACUUAAAGAUUAUUUUAUUUUUAGCGUUUUAAAUCAGGUCCAUCACUCCCCUCUUUAAAUCAUAUUUCUUGACAAGGUUCUAUGAAUUUUUGUUGACUGUGUAUGUUGUACGAAGAAAUCGACAUUCGAAACCACGUGAAAUUGAUAACGACGCUUCCCGCGUCCUCGAGCCUCCUCCAAUGCUGCCAAUCGCUGUCAUCUUUCUAAAUACAUUUUACACUUUAGAGUGUCGAUGGAGUUUCUUAAAAUUUACAAUAAUUAAGGCAACAACUUUUAACAUUUUCAUACUUCUUGGUAACUUAAGCUAGCGACUUAUACCUGAACAUUCCAAGUUUAUCGUAUUUAAAUUAUAAGUAAGCAGGUUCAUUGCAUGAGUAAUAUUUCUACGUGAUAUCAAUAGGAUGAAUGUUCGAAUGAAAUUUCUUCGUAUGCAACUGCCCGUGAUUGUACUUAAAACUUCGUUGUAGCGCUAUAUAUUUCAUUUUUUUUCUCUCGUAGCGUUUACUACGUACGAAACGGACCUAUAUACGUUGUACAAAAGAUGUUACCGAAAGUUUGAUGGAUUCCAUGAAAUAAAUCUUAAAUCCAGU